AGGCGCACUGAGCUGCUCUGGAGAUUUUUUUUUUAAUGCCAUUUUCAUCACUGUUUUGUUCCAAACUGCUGUAAUGAAGGUGUUUGCUGUUUAUCUAGAGACUAUGGAAGCUAUGAGGUGACAACAAAUCCCUUGUGCACAUCGAGGUGUAACCUAAGGAAUCAACACGGAUGGUCGGCCGGAGAUUACUGAAGACUUAUCGACUUUUAAAGGUAAACAGAAAAGGUGAGUUACCUGUGGGACGCAAAAGGCACGCCUCUUGGCAAAUGGAACAAAUAGCGGACCGCUUGGUCCCUUCGCCCGGUCGUGCAUCUCUCUCUGUCCGUUCCUGUGCGCGUUGGGGACUUCGGGAUGUCGUAAAUGUCAGUGUUGAGAGCAUUAAAGAAGAGUGUCAUGCACAGCGUUUAUUUUACCCAGGCCCGAAUUGUCUAUGAGGUAUUAUGAUGCUGGAGACAGCCGGCUGUGAGUUGUGACGCUGGUGCUGGGAAUCCAACAUGGAAGUGCGGAAGGAUGAAGGCCGAGGGCCGUGGUCUUCUUCAGGAGCAUCUCCCGCACCGUCCAGCUCUGCCUGCUACAGGACCAGUAUCGUACUCUUCCUGCUCUCCUUCCUUAUUAUUGGCAUCUUUGUUGGCCUGGUUAUAGCGUACCUUGUGCAGGAGCAGCAUUAUUUCGUGGAGACAGUGGAGCUGAGAGGUCUGAAGUAUGAUGCUGCACUUCAGGAUAAGAACUCUGGUUUCUCCAUAGUGCUGUCCUCAGUUUUAAAGUCCAGGAUUAAAAAUGUCUUCACUGCCUCAUCUAUAUCACAUCACUUUGCUGGUUGUGGUGUUGUUGCCUAUGGUAACGUUAAUGGAGAUGUGGCGGUGACGUUCAGACUGGUCUUCAGUGUGUCCAAGAUCCAGCAGUAUUCAGACAACUUUAUUCAGGACUUGCUGAGAGAAGGGCUCAGCUCAUCAAUGCAUGGGAAACCACUAGAGGUGCCUGACUUUGGACAUAUCAGCGCUAUCAUCUUGCUCGGAGCAAGUGGGAAGUCAUUUUAUACUAUUGGUGAUAGUAUGAUAGUCAGCUGUCCUGACAACACUUUCACCUGUGACAAUGGAGAAUGUGUCACUAAAUUAAAUCCAGAGUGUGACUUCGUGCCAGACUGCGCAGAUGGAUCUGAUGAAGCUCGCUGUGCCUGUGGUACACGUCCUGCCAUGGGAAGUCGGGUGGUGGGUGGUGAGGCCGCACGGCAAGGGGAGCUGCCAUGGCAGGUCAGUCUGAGGUUCCAUGGGGAGCACAUGUGUGGAGCCACCAUUCUCAAUGAGCGCUGGCUGGUCAGUGCUGCACACUGCUUUGAGAGGGUCAAUAACGCCAAAGAAUGGACCGCCAUGGUUGGGGCAACACUGGUGAGCGGUGAGGAGCCAGAGUCCAGUACGAUUAAUAUCAAGUCCAUAACUGUGUCUCCAUACUACGACGCCAUCACCACUGACAAUGAUGUGACAGUGCUGGAGCUGGAGACCCCUCUCACGUUCAGCUCUUACAUCCAGCCCAUCUGCAUACCCUCGCCGUCUCAUGUUUUUGCACCUGGUCAGAGCUGCAUUGUGUCAGGAUGGGGCGCUACAGACCAGUUAAGCUUCACGCUGCCUUCCACACUGCAGAAAGCUGUGGUGAAAAUUAUUGACUCUAAGGUGUGCAAUAAGUCAUCUGUGUACAGAGGAGCUAUUACUCAAAACAUGAUGUGCGCUGGAUUCUUGCAGGGCAAGGUGGACUCGUGUCAGGGUGACUCUGGAGGGCCUCUGGUGUGUGAGGGGGUCCCGGGAAGGUUCUUCCUGGCCGGGAUAGUGAGCUGGGGUGUAGGCUGUGCCCAGAUCAACAGACCUGGGGUUUAUUCCCGUGUUACUAAACUCCGCAACUGGAUUCUAAGCUAUGCAGAUCCCAACUCGGUUCAUUAUUAUGGCCAGCAUGUUCCCACCGUGUCAGUUUCUGUGACAGAAGGGACAUUUAAUACUACAGCCGUACCCAGGACUGUAGCCAUGGAUGUGUCACCUGCACUACUGCUACCUGACUUGAACUGCAGUGGAAACUUUAAGUGUAGCACCACUUCCUGCAUCAGCAAGGUCAACCCAGAGUGUGACAGAGUCCCAGACUGUCCCAAUGGGGCCGAUGAAAGAAACUGUGACUGCGGCUUACGCCCUGCGCUGGGCUCCCAUAGGAUUGUAGGUGGAGUUACUGCUCGGAGGGGAGAGUGGCCUUGGAUUGGCAGUCUUCAGUACCAGAGACUUCACCGAUGUGGUGCCACACUCAUUCACAAUAGGUGGUUAGUGACUGCAGCACACUGCUUCAAAAGCGAUUCGAGUCCCGAUAACUGGGCUAUAAGCCUGGGAUCUGUGCUGCGGUCUGGGGUAGGAGCCCUGGUCAUUCCCAUCCAAAGGGUAAUCAUCCACCCAGCCUUUAAUGGCACCAACAUGGACCACGAUGUGGCUCUGCUGGAGCUGGCAGUUCCAGCCCCGAUGUCUUACACCAUCCAGUCUGUCUGUCUUCCCUCACCAGUGCACCGCUUCUUGAAGAAUGCAGAGUGCUACAUCAUAGGCUGGGGAUCCAUGAGAGAAGGAGGUUCAUUGACCAACCUGCUACAGAAAGCUGCAGUGAACAUCAUUGAACAGACAGGCUGCCAGCAGUCAUACGGUAACGUCCUGACUCCCAACAUGAUGUGUGCCGGAUUCAUGGAGGGAGGUCGGGACACCUGUUUGGGAGACUCCGGGGGGCCGCUGACUUGUCGUCAACCCUCUGGUCAGUGGUUUAUUGCUGGAGUGACCAGCUGGGGACACGGAUGUGGGCGAGCUGGUUUUCCAGGUGUUUACACUCGUGUGACGUCUAUGAGGAGUUGGAUAUCUACAUACCUACCAUUCUGAUGAAGCAAAAACUGUGUCUGCAGAGGAAUGCCAAACACUGCAGCAGAACUGAGGUCACGCUAAAAACCACACACAAAUACUCAGUGUACACAGUACUGACCUUUGUGACCCUCCGGUCAUAGGUGCUGAUGGUAGUGCUGUGCUUUUACCUGAACUGGGCCCCAUCUUCUUUCCACGUGUACUGAAGAAACAAUCCGGAGUUGUGGCUUACAGACAUUCAGCUAACAUGGAUCAUUUCAAGUAUUUAUUACAGUUAUUUAUUUUCAUGGAUGGUAAACCUACUGUACGUGGUCUUAUUUUCAUUUUUUUUUUUUGUGGAGUAUAUGUGUUUCAUUUAUGAGUAAGUUUCUUUGUCUUUUAAACUUUUACUGCAAGGUGGGUUUGUGGGGAAAAUUUAAUCUGUAUGAGCGCAGUGA